CCAUGCACUCUGUAUAUAAGAGUGUGUGCCACUAUCUAAGAGUGUGAGAGAAAACAAAAGGGCUUGAUAAGGCCUGCCUGCUGAGAUCAGUUAAAGACCAUGAGGUUUAAAGUCCUGCUCUGUUUGUGUCUCCUGAGCCCAAUAAAGCUGGUCUUUCCAGCAGACAUCGUUGUUCCUCUGAGCUCGCCUGCUGUCCUGCCGUGCUCCUUCCAUCUUCUCAACACAGUGAACACCACACUCCUCGAUGUCACUUGGUCCUUCAAAGGUUCGGUCAUUGCAUCCAGUAACCACACAGAACGGGGCUUCUACUUAAACACCUCCAGCUUCCACAAUGGCUCUUUCCCAUUGACCGUGUUAAACGCCACUCCGCACCAGCAGGGGUUGUAUGAGUGCAACGUGAGCAGCUCUGGGACUGACUACUCUAGCAGCAUUACACUUACUAUACUGGCUUCCCCCACCAUGUCCAUCCCAUCUCCAGAGGUGGUGCUGGGUCAGGAGAGUGCAGUAGAGUGCUGGGCAAAAGGCUUUAGCCCUCCCCAAAUCAUCUUCACCUGGACACGAGAGGGGAAAAAGUUCAGAAACCCUGGAAGGUCUGAAGGGAACCUCACAGAGGAUGGACUUUAUGAGGCAGUCAGCCGGCUGGUGUUCUUUCCUAAGCUCACAGAUCGGAAUAUUACCUACAGUUGUGUGGUGGAGCAUGAAGCUCUGGAGCAACCUCUCGUGAAGGAGUUCAGCAUAGGUCUCAUCAUCGUCCCUGAGGUCACUCUCUCCAUCUUGCCCCCCUCCUCUCGCUCCUCGCCCCUCACCCUCGCCUGUGAACUCAGCGGCUUUUAUCCAGAGAAUGUGUCUGUGGUUUGGGUCCAGAAUGGCACCGUCCUGUCCAAACCUCCUCAGAGCCUUCUGAACAACGACGGAACGUACAGAAGCCGCUGGUUCCACACACUCAGUGCAGAGGAGAGGGAACGUGGCGGAGCCGUGCAGUGUGUGGCUCAGCAGCCUCACGUCUCACGACCGGCGUCCAGCUCUAUUGACCUUUCAGCUACUGACCCCCUGGCGCAGGAGCUGGUUCUGAGUAAAUCAGCGAAAGCCUCGGUGGCCAUGAUGAUCAUCUCGCUGAUCCUCGUGCUGCUGCUGUGCUUCGGCUUCUCCUGGAAGAGAAGAGACGAGAAGCAGAAAUGCCUGAAUGUUUCAGCGAUCAUCCUGCCCCCACGCUUGGUGGUGGGGCGGAAAGGCCGGGUCUCCAUCAGCAUCGAGGGCAGAAGAGCAGACCGUGUCCAAACCACCUGGUUCCUCAACGACAUCCCUAUAGUGGACACUUCUUAUACGGGAGAGAAAAGCUCGAGCCCUGUUUACUCGACAGGUCACACUCCCAGGAUCUCCCGUGUGUCUCUGUUGUCUGAAAAAGGCCCUCUGCUGUCGGCCACUGCUCCAGGGUAUUACAAACUGCACACCCGGCAGCCUCUGCACUCUACGGGACCCAUCAAGCAGCUUCUCGCCUCCUUCACCUUCAUUCCAAACCUGUCCAUCCACAAGGGGGCAGUCUUCAAAUGCCAGAUAUCCUACAAAGGCAAAGACAAGAUAGUGAUGGAGAAAGUGUCCGAUAGGUUUACACUUCUGGCACCACCUGAUGUCUCAGAGAUCCAGCUCUCAGAACCCAAUGAGGAGACAGGUAUCGUCACGCUGACCGUGACAGCCUCUCACUUUCACCCGGACAUCAUCACCUUCCGCUGGUUCUGUGAGGGGAGUGAGCUGUGCCCCGUUGCUGCCCCCCUGUCCGUGGCUGCUCCGCGCCCUGAUGCCCAGGGCUUCUUCUCAGCCAUGAGCCAGUGCAGACUGCACAAAGCUGAGCUGGAGCGAGGGGAGACCACCGUCUGGGUCACCGUCCACCACAUAUCGCUCAAACAGCCAAUCACACGAAAGACCAGAGGGUUCAUAAAGAAGCCCACUGUGUCAGAAAUCAGCUGCAGCCCGUCACCCCCCCAGCAGGGGCUGCUGAGCUUGGCCUGCGACAUCACAGCCUUCUACCCUUCUGACGUCUCUGUCAAAUGGCUGAAGCGAGGCAUGAGUGAGGGUUUAGAGAAGGACAUCGAGGAGGCAGCUGAGAAGGAGGAGGGGGUUAAGGGGGUGUCAGAAGUUCGGGGGCCGAUCCAGACCCAGCCGAGGACCUUCCGGGCCACAGCUGUCCUGAAGGAGGUGGAGGAGGUGGAGGAGGGUGGAGAGAUCGUGUGCAGGGUGGAGCACUGCUCCCUCCAGGAGCCCAUUGAGCGAGUCUGGAGGAGAACUUGCUUCGCGGCUCCCUCCAUCCCUCCCUCCCUGUCUGUGACCUGGAGGAAAGAUGGAGUUGGGGUGUUCUCCUUGCGCCUGUCUGGUGCGGUCCCGCGGCCCAAGCUGGUUUGGGCCGCCGGGGGCUCCACUCUGUCCCAGCUGGUCUCCAGAGAGAGAGAGCAAGUCACUGAGAGUGGGGAGAGAGAGCUGCUGAGCGUGUGCGCUUUGGUGAGGUCCACAAGAGCUCAGGGAAAUGAGCAGCAGCCACACAGCCGCAGAAAUGCACACCUACGCAACUCUCAGCUUCCUGUGUGGCAAAAUGAAGUAGAGAAUGUGAAUGAAACAGAGCAGGAGAACCGCACAGAACCGGCACAGCCCUCAGACUCCGUACAUGAGGCCAGAACUGCAGUCAGAGAGACAGAACCCGAACCCUCCUACGUAAACACAGUGAACGUGAGGAAAGAGGGAAGACGGGGGGAGAGAGAGCGUCUCUGUGUCGCCGUGGAGAUCUUCCAUCCUACACUAAGCCUGCCUGCCUACCGCACCUGGACAGAGCCUGAAGAGGAAGUAUCACCAUAAUGUGUCAUCAGUAGGAUUUUCCUCCAUGUGUUUAUUUGUAAAGAAGAUAAAAUUAUUACCUACAACCUAUUUUUGUCAAAUAUUCAACUCUGAGCAUCAACGACUUCUUUCAUUUUGUCAUUCUUAAAGUAUAUACAGUACUGUGCGAAAGUCUUAGGCACCCAAGACACAUUUUCAAAAUCUAUUUAUUUGUGUAGUUUGUGUUUAUUUGCUGAGAAGUGUUAAUA